GCUAGUAUGAAUCCUGUUAUAGUACUGAUCCCAUUAUAUACUGAUACUACUGUUGUUUCUCUAUUGCAAUGAAUUCAGCUCUUACUGUCUACUACUUUUAGCCACAAAGUACAUGCAUGGAAUAUUAUACAGAAACCAGUGAAGGACCUUUGAUGUGUGGUGUAGACUCGCCAUAGCUCCAGUUACAAUACUGUAUGUAUGUUCACUAAUUGCAGCCACCACAGUGUCAUCACUCCUUAUCAUUCCUACACAAGAUUUACUGAUGUAACUCUAUACAAUACAAUAUACUGACAUGUGUUUUAGUACAUACUGCAUUACCAUUAUACUGCUUGUAACAUGAUGAUAGGCACUGGUAUGUAUUUUCCUCACGUGCUUGUAACAAUGCAUGCCUCAAGUUCUGCAGGCUAUAUAAAGAGGUGCUUUUGGAUGCAGUGAGCAAAUUACAACUAAAGGAAAAUCACAAUGAAGACUCUUGUAUUCUUCUUUAUGACUCUCAGUGUUUGUGUUCUGGCUAUGCCAAGCACAAAGUCUUACAAUCAUGAUGAUUACAGGAACAGAAACAAAGUAACAAACACGAAUAACGAGACUUCACCACCAGAAGGGAGAUCGCGUUUACAUACAAGUAUUAUUGAUACAGAAUAUGUAACAAUCAUAUCUGAAAGAAACGAUCUUUGUGUUUACUACGGACAAUACAAGGAAGGCUGUGUUGAUGCUAACAAUGCAUGUGGAGCAAAAUUUGGUGACUUUUCUCUUGGUUGUGCUGAUGAUGAGGAGCUGUUUCAGAAGCAUUGCUUUAAGAAAUGUUCACUUCUUGCCAAUAAACAUUUCCCAUUGCGCACAGCAAUGAACACAUGCUCAAGGAAUGGAUGCACUUCAAGUCAGGAAUAUGAUGCUGGUCUCUGCUAUCCUAAAUGCAAAAAGUACUACAUCGGAGUUGCCCACCUUUGUUGGGGAUAUUGCAGUCGUUUCUGCGGAAGAAAUUACAGUGACAUGGGCCUAUACUGCUACCGGUGGUGGCUACCACAUGCCUGUUCCAAGCCAUCGUAUGAUAGAGGUGCUGGGAGCGCCCCUUACCAACCCUGGACCAAGGGAAAUGGAUGCUCUGGGUUUAAUGUGGAUAAUACUGGAAAAUGUCCAACACUAGAUAUCUCUGAUAAAUUGCCCACUGGUUUUUGCAACAGGCAAUGAACUGGCCUAAUAUACUAAGUGCAUGAAGAAGCAAUUAGGACUUUUUUUUUGUUAGGACUAUUCUUGUCAGAACUAUUUUUUCAUUAUUUUUGGUGCCUCUUUUUUAUGUUAUUUUUUUCUAAAUAAUUAUUAUUGAACCUCAUCAAUCAAAAUGCCAAGUUAUUUAUAUUUAUGCCAAAGUUAUCCAUGCCUAGCUUAAACACAAACUUUAUCUUUCACUUGCAAUGCUUGUUUAUGUAUGACUUUAUUACCAAA